AUGUGUGAUGCAUGCUCUGAUUUUCUUCAACUUCUAGUUUCUUAUGAAGCCCUAUUUUGCUUGGAAACGAACGAACAACCUAUUUUAACAGGAAGAGAUAUAGAUACUGUUUUUGUUUAUGUUCAGACCUGGCCAGCAAGGCAAUGUAUGUGUUGCUAUCGUGAUCCAAAAAACCUUGAACGCUUCAGCUAUGUCACUCAAGGACUUAUAUACAUGGCAGCUAGUCAGUUAAAAAUCCUUGCAGAAAAAGGUGAGGAAGAAAAUAAAAAACCUGUUGAAGCAGAAGCUUCUACUACAAAAAGUGGAAAACCUGAAGAUGAAAAGGAAAAUCCAGAGGUUAUAGAGAGAGACAAAUUAUUGAUUUUGGUAUCUAAGAUAUUCCUUUUGAAUUUUCCUCUGUAUGUAGCCUAUAAACAUACUAUACAGGCAAAAUUGGAUGAAUUAACUCAACAAGAAAUGCAAAACUUGAAUCUGUUCUGCGAUCUACAUGAUUCAGAGAUACCUAUAUAUUUGUUGAAAAAUGUAAGCUGGUUUUGUAAAAUGGGAGGAUUGCUAGCUAUGACCACUUGUUUUACUCAACUCUCACCAGAAUUGUUGCCCAUCUCUACAGCUCAUGCUAUGAUAUCUAUCGUUUGUAAUUUGAAAUUAUGGAUGAACUACAAGAGUAUGGUGUCUAUGUUAGUACCAUUAAGGUCAUGUGUUCUCAGAUACAUGUGUAAACUGUCUGAUCAAGAUUUACGCACUCCAACUAUAAAAAGCAUGGCAGAUUUUAUGUGGAAUGCAAUAAAAGAUCCUCUAGACUCACAUGUUGCUUUUGAUGUAGAUGGUUUAGAUUUAGCAUUUAAAUAUUUUACUUCAAGUACUUUAACAAUGCGUUUAGCUGGAAUCACACAAAUAAAUAAUCAGAUUGGUUUGUUGGCUGAAAUAUGUGUUGGAGAAUCAUUACCAGAAGCAGAAGCUGCUCCUAGACAAAUGGCAGAUUGGUUGAUAAAUAAUAGUAUUAUUUCUCAUAUAUUUGGGCCAAAUUUACAUGUUGAAGUAAUUAAACAAAGCCAUAUCAUCCUGAAUUUUCUUGCAAUGGAAGGUAGGAUCACUUGUGAGCAUAUGGAUGUAAUAUGGGCAGCUGCACAGUUAAAACAUUGCUCAAAGCCAGUACAUGAUUUACUUCCAGGACUUGUUAAACAUUUAGCAGCUGCACCUACUCUACAUUUAUACAGCCUUUUGACAAAAUUGGAGCCCAAGGAUCAUACUGAACAAACAUUAUAUUUGGCAUCGGCUCUAAUAAAAGCUCUAUGGUCUAGAGGUGGUGGAGGACCUGAAAUUGGUCUUAUUAACGUAGCAGCCUCAAAUGCCGGUAUAGCCUUACAUAAAUGUACCACAUCAUCAGAAAAUAGUGUGAGUUUGGAUCCUAGUAACUCAGAAGAAGAACAUGGUGACAGUUCAGCUCAAUCGGAGAGUCGUAAAAGUGAGAGUGAAGAAAUUGAUGGUGUAGAAAUUGAUGAAGAAGAAAAUGGGCAGAUUGUUGUUGAUAAUAAUGGACCACCACCCUGUAAAUUAGCACGGAAGCAAGUUAUAGAGAGAGUGCACUGUAAUGGCAGCAGCACAGAUUCUGAACUGGAUGGAAUUGCAAUAAAUACUUCAUACCCUGUAAAUACAAAAUGGUCAGGGCAAGGUAAAAAUAAGAGUGAGAAACGGGCACAUGUUCGUAAAAAAGCACCACCUAAUGUAACCAUUUUACCAGAAGGGGCAGAGCAUAUCCCCUCUAGUACUUCACAAGAUGAAGCUGACACAGAAGAUUCGCCCUCAAAAUUACGCAAAAGGAGAAAAUUAUUAAGGAAAAGUAGAGCUAAAAAGCAAAAAGGAAACCAUAAGAGAAUACAUAGGAUAGCAGGAAUAGAAACGUUAAACCAAGUUGAAGUUGAUAGCGAUAGUGAAAUUAAAAAUCGUUUGAAAAUCAUUAGUCACAAUGUUCAUGUUUUGCCUUCACAAUUAAACAAUUUGGUUGAUGUAAACGUCAAACCUGCUGUAUAUUUGGAGGAAAGUUCAUCAUGUAGUGAAUUAGGUAAAGAGAGUCACGAGGGAACCUGUCCAAAUUUUUUGGCUUUACACUCCACCUCAGGACAUAUUUUGGAAAUGUUAAGUGGUGAAGAGGCAGAGGUCGAAGGUGAUGCAGAAGGCAGCUACUCCUCACGCAUGAGCAACAAAUCAGAGAAGAAUAUGGCCGAUUUUGACGGAGAAGAUUCAGUUUGUGAAGAUGAACUUGCCCGUUUAACUGAACAUGCUGCAAUGAAUAUUCAUGUGUUCAACCAUCCUGUAGAGAAAUCCCCAGUUCGAGUCGAUUUGAGACUAUCUGCUUGUUUCAAAGUUGACAAUGUAUGUCAACCUGGUAAUACGCUCUUAUGGGAUCUUUUACAAGAUGAUAAAAUUUGUCAGUUAGGAGAGGGUCUAGCACUUGAAGCUGAAAAGACUCUUUGCAAUUUGAUUUGUUACACCACUGAUAAAGAAAUUAGGAUGAAGUUUAUUGAAGGUUGUCUAAAUAAUCUUGCCAAUAAUAUGUCUGUAAUAGUAUCUUUGCGAAUGCUACCAAAAUUGCUGACAUCAUUUCGGGGUUUGGAUAUGCACCAUGUUACACAUUGGGCAGACCGUCAACAUCACAUGAUGACACAUUUUUUUAAUAACCUCAAAGUAUAUACUACUAAUCCUGCUAAAUCACUGCCUAUGUACACUCAUCAGAUGCAGGUUCAAGUUAGGCUGCAUUUUUUAUCGGCUGUGUUUUCUCCUGUUGUUUCUCCAAAUCAUUUUAAAUUAACUACAGAUCAAGUUGACAUCUUAUGGGAGUGUUUAGCACACGACCCUGAAUGUUCGGAUGAACUUUUCAGCUGGCUACUCUCUCAAACUAAAACCAACGAAUUACACGCCCUUAAAAUCGACGCCCUUCGUCGAUUAUACACACAUCACUUGCCAAGUUUAGCUCCAGAGAAAUUUAGCAUGAUAUGUUUGAGUUUAUUUCAACAGCUCUGUAGCUUGAACAAUUUAUUAACGAAUGAUGCAGAUAACAAAAAGGAUAAUCAAAAUGUAGGAAUGGAUCACAUGUGGAAAAUUGCUUUAAAGGCUUGCAAUACAGAGGUCAGUAUGGCAGCCAUUCAAUAUAUAAACAGUUAUUACAUGGGUCACAAUCUACAACAUGAAGGACAAUUCGUUUGGCAGUGUAUGACACAUUUAAAGGCUGCUUCCGAAGAUUUGACAGCCGGUACUAGUGGAACUGAAGAAGCGUCUUUGCUGUGUAUACAGAGAGCAUUAUUAUUGAUGAAAACUCAUAUAGAAACUUUUAGAAGAAGGUAUGCAUUUCAUUUGAGAAAAUGGGCCCUGGAGGGUAAAGGUAUUGGCAGCCAUUCCGCUUCUUUAGGAGACAGAUCGAGUGCUCCUAUUAGAUUAAUCGUACAGUCUGGAAGUUCAUCAGAAAGAUGUUUUUUAGAUUUGUUUAAUACUGAUUACAUAGCUGAGCUAAGGGCGGAAAUUGUUAAAUGGUGUGAGGGCAUACAACAUAUGAAAGGCGAUUCAAAUGAAGCCAAAACUAAGCCUGGAGAGACCUGGAUCAGAAUAAUUACUCAAGGCCAAGAAGUGACAAUAGAUUGUGACGAAAAAACGCUCGCUGACAUGGGGUUCAAGGACAAUCAGAUGGUGUACAUUUCUAUUGGAAUGUCGAGGAACAUGAAAAAAAGAGAAUGCAUGGAUGCACCUUCUUUACAUCCUCCGCCGCCCAGAGAAUGCCUACCUACAUUACUAUUAUUACAACCGAAUUAUUUUGAACAGCUGUUUUCUUUAAUGCACACACUGAGCUCCAUGACAAUUCAAAUUAAAGGAGGGCGACAUCUACCGCAUACCAAGGCCCAAGUCCUAAGCAGACGUGUAUGGGACAUACUUAGUUUAUUACCAACUAGUCCCAAAUUAUUACGUGGGUUUAAAUACUUGGAUAUACCUUUACCGGAAUUAUUAGACCCAUCUAGCGCGCAAAAAUUAAUGUAUUCUUUGUAUAUAGUAGAAUCAUUGAGCGCAAAAAUGCAUCAAGGAAAAUAUUCUGAUGAAGAUGUAGAGGAAGAAUCAUGGACAAGAAAAUUUGUAAAACACGGAGGAUUAAGCCAUUUGUUUGAUAUUUUUAUGUCAGGUAUUCUCCAAAGAGAAGGUGGAGACUGUUCAGACUGGCAACAAGACUGUUUGGCUUCCCUCUUAAAAAUAUUGUGCCAUUUAGGUGUUGAAUCAGUAUCUCCAGAGUCCGUAAAGCCGCGAACCGAUAAAAUAAUCAUCCCAGAUCUCAAUGGAUGCCUUCUCGCUUUGAUCGAAACGAAAUCUAUGAUGGAAAAAAUUACUAGUAUUCUUGAAGAAGCUUCCAGGCCUAAAGACGUGAAUCAUUAUAAGACUGGAUUUUGGGGAAGAGCACAAGUUGUUCAUUACGCAAUGGCUUUGUUGGUGUCCUGGUUAAAUUGUUGCGAGGAAGCUAGAGUUGAGUUGUUUCAGACAAGUAGCUUUUCAGAUUGGUUGCAAAGAUUGGUAUUAGAAGAUCCUGAACCAGCUGUUAGAAGAGAAGUUUGCUCUGCAAUAUAUAGGUUAUGUUUAGGAGUUCCUGUAAAUCGGGAACCCCUAGAGAAUAGUCUAAUAGCACCGAUGCUUUCUAAUUUACUGAUAUACUUGGGUAAAGCUGAGGGUAUGCGAGCUCAAAAAUUGGAGGCACUGCAAGCGCCCGAAGAAGGCAAGGAACCGUAUGGUCCCGCAUGCCGUGAUUACUUUUGGCUCAUAUCACGUCUCGUAGACAGUUUACCUGAUGAAUUGGUUAAAGAAAGCUUAGAUGAUCCUCAAAACUGUGUUAUUGAUAUUAACGAUUUGACUGAAAAAGUUGCUAGAUCUAUUCUAAGUAGAGAUUUUCUCGAAACAAGGCAUCACACUAUAGAUGAUGACGGCUUGAUUGGUUUAUUGAAUUUAAUGACUAAUUUGCUUAAACACAAAUUCGCCUUUCAGACGGGAAAGACUGGACAGGAACUUUUAUGUGAAAUCUUCGACUUUCUCUUUGCUUUGCCCAGUCCAAAACUGAGGCAUGUGCCGAAAUGCAAAUCUCCACGGUCAAGAACAGCUGCGUUUGACUUAUUAGUGGAAUUAGUUAAAGGGUGUCCUGAAAAUUACGCUAUUCUUCAUGAGAAGUUACUAAAACAACAUCAGCCUGGUCCUAACUCUCCUUAUCCAUGGGAUUAUUGGCCACAUGAGGAUGGUAGAUCAGAAUGUGGAUAUGUUGGUUUAACUAAUUUGGGCGCCACAUGUUACAUGGCUUCUUGUAUGCAACAUCUAUAUAUGAUGCCACAAGCUAGAGCUUCCAUUUUAGCUGCGAAUACUGAACAAGCAAAGCAUGAACCAACCCUAAAAGAAUUGCAAAGAAUGUUUGCCUACUUAUUGGAAAGUGAACGAAAAGCCUACAACCCUAGAAGCUUUUGCAAAGUUUAUUCAAUGGACCAUCAACCUCUGAAUACUGCAGAACAGAAGGAUAUGGCCGAAUUUUUUAUAGAUCUGGUUAGCAAAUUAGAGGAAAUGACCCCUGCGCUGAAAGAAGUAAUAAAGAAUUUAUUUUGUGGUGUUAUAAGCAACAAUGUAGUUUCUCUGGAUUGUGCGCACGUUAGUCGAACUUUGGAAGAAUUUUACACAGUAAGAUGCCAAGUGGCGGACAUGCGCAAUCUCUAUGAAUCAUUAGAUGAAGUUACAGUCAAAGAUACAUUAGAAGGCGAUAACAUGUAUACAUGCUCUCAAUGCGGUAAAAAAGUCAGAGCAGAAAAACGAGCUUGUUUUAAAAAACUACCGCACAUACUUUGUUUCAAUACUAUGCGGUAUACUUUCAAUAUGUUAACGAUGCUCAAGGAGAAAGUUAACACUCAUUUUUCAUUCCCUUUGAGACUGAACAUGGCGGGAUAUGUAGAGAAACAGCUCAUGCCUCAACAAUAUCAAGAAGAAAAACAAAAAAGUACUGAAAUAGAGACUGAAGAGAAUGAACAGUAUGAAUAUGAUCUCAUAGGGGUUACUGUACACACUGGUACUGCUGAUGGCGGGCAUUAUUACAGUUUCAUUAAGGACAGGACAGCCGGUUCUAGGGAUAAAUGGUUUCUUUUCAACGAUGCAGAAGUGAAACCUUUCGAUCCUAAUCAAAUAGCAGCCGAAUGUUUUGGUGGAGAGAUGACUAGCAAAACUUAUGACAGUGUAACUGAUAAGUUUAUGGAUUUUAGUUUUGAGAAAACUAAUAGUGCAUACAUGUUAUUUUAUGAACGAUGUCCUCGAAAUGAAGCCACUACACAAAGAAGUCCUUCUACUACCGGAGAAUGCUGUGAAACCAUUACCAAUUCCCCAUCCCCUGUCAUGACCAUCGAAUUAAGUAAAGAACUAGAAGACUGGAUAUGGCAAGAUAACAUGCAUUUCAUUCAAGACAAAAACAUAUUCGAACACACUUAUUUCAAUUUCAUGUGGCAAAUUUGCGGUUAUAUACCGCAAACUAUUUUACCAAUAGAACCUAAUAUAACACAAAAAGCAGCCCAGUUGUCUACAACGUUUUUUAUAGAAACUUUUAUCCAUGCUAAAGAAAAACCAACAAUGGUUCAAUGGGUAGAGUUAGUAACCAAACAAUUCAAUGCUUGUCAAGAGGCUUGCAUUUGGUUCCUGGAUCAUAUGGCUCUAGACACUUGGUGGCCUAUACAGGUUCUACUAAAAUGUCCAAAUCAGAUGGUACGACAAAUGUUUCAAAGGCUUUGCAUUCACGUCAUACAAAGAUUGAAGCAGUCACAUUCUAAGUUAUAUCUUCAAAUGGAAGAUGGAAAAGAAUGGAACAAAGAGGAAGCUGGUAAUGUGGAACCUGCAAAAAUUGGCAAUGCUUCAUGUGUUACGAGGUUUAUUAAGACAUUACUGUCUUUAAUGGAACAUGGAGCAAAAGCUCAUCUUAAACAUCUUACUGAAUAUUUCGGAUUUCUCUAUGAAUUCAGUAAAAUGGGCGAAGAAGAAUCAAAAUUUUUAUUGGCUGUGGGUGCCAUUCAUUCAAUGGUGCAUUUUUAUUUAGGUCAAAAAACAAAUGAGUUCGUGGAUGUUAGUGAAGGUGAAGAAGAGGAAGAAGUCGUUUCUCUACCCACAGAUAAAUAUAAACCAGCGUCGUUAGAUAAAAUGAUCACCCUGAUAGCGUCGCUAGUAGAAAAAAGUCGAGAUUCGGCAGGAAAAUUGCAGCUUAGCGAGAAAGAUUAUGCGGCAAUAGCUGGAGGAAAAGUUUUUACAUUUUUCUAUCAGCAAAUCAAGGAUAACAUUAAUCUACAACAAACCAGAAAUCUCAUACAUUCGGUGUGUAGGGGGAACAAUCAACUAGCACAGUUGAUCAUCUGUAUGAUAUCGCAGGCGAUAUCAAGAAAUUCAGAGGGUUGUCAACCGUUUUUUAAAAUACUUACACUCCUAACGGAAACCAAUAAUCAAAAUUCUUCUCAACAACCAUGCUUCACCCAGUUAGUGCUUCAGAAGGUAUGGGACGCCGCCGAAUGCUGUCCGUAUCUGGCGUUGGAUUGGUUGGCUCUUCAGGUUACUAGAAAUCGACUAGUACAUUCUUGGGUCCUUGGCUCAAUGGACUCUUGGUUGGAACACUUUCUAAUUGCUCACAACAAUCAGAGAGUCAGAAAUACUGCAGGGUACCUCUUAGUAUCGCUGGUUCCGAGUACACCUUUCAGACAAGGUUUUAGAGCGACUCACAGGUCCAAUCGUGAACCACAAUUAUCUCCGGAAGCCACGACAGUGUUACAUCAAAUUUACACUGCAUUGCUCAGGCUCUUACCUGCUGCCAAACAUUAUACUGAUAUGCAACAACAUGGUACUAUGAAAUUGACCACGUACUUUGCACUUUUGAUGUAUUGUUGUAUUUCAAGAACUGAAAAAUUAAUGUUUGGUCAGUAUUUCAUGCAAUUGUGGCAUCUAUUCCAUCCCAAAUUAUCUGAACCGUCCAUUCCUGCUUACCAUAACAAACAGACCUUAUUGGCUUUUUGGAAUCAUGUAUGUACAGAUUGUCCUGAAAAUGUUCAACUGAUGCUUCAAAAUGCUCAUGUUACCAAGAAUAUUGCAUUUAACUAUAUUCUGGCUGAUCAUGACGAUCAAGAAAUAGUUAUGUACAAUAGAGCCAUGUUGCCAGCUUAUUAUGGCCUACUUAGAAUGAUGUGCCAACAAUCAAGAGCAUUUACGAGGAGCCUUGCCCAGCACCAGAACCUUCAGUGGGCCUUCAAAAACAUUACGCCUCAUCCCACACAAUAUCCACAGGCUGUAGAGGAAUUAUUUAAACUUAUGCAGUUGAUGGUAAUAAAACAUCCCGACUCUUCUGAAACAGAGCAAAGGGAAAUUUAUAGUUUUAGAAAAAAUACGUUGAUGACUUAUUUACAGUGUCUCGAUGGAAGAACUAGUUGGGGUACGCUGAUUUCAGCUUUCAGGAUAUUACUGGAAACAAAUGAUGAUAAACUUUAUGUUGUUUAUAAUGGUGGUUUGCAAAUUGUUUUUGAGUGUUUCCAAAAUCUGCAUUUAAUGUUACAUGAAGCAACCGCUUGUCACGUAGUUGGAGACAUGUUGGAUAUUCUGACUAUUAUGCAAGAUUUAACACAAUGCAUAAGAAUGUAUAGGGAUAGUAAAGACGCUAGAGGCAUUUUAUUAGCUACUAAAGACUGGUUAGAAGUGUUACGGAAAUUAGCAACGCUGCUUAAUACAUAUAAUCCUCCUGAAAUGAGAUUGCUGUGUAUAGAUGUACUUAAAGAAUUUGUUGUGGUAAUGACACCUGAAACUAUGCAAGUUCUUGUGCCGUUACUAUCUCACUGCCACUCAGCCUUUCAAGAUAGCCAGGAUGCAGUGCCAUUGGGACCUUAUUUCCCAAGAAAAGGACAUUCCUUGCCCAUAUUAACUGGUAAAGGAGGCGCUAGACCCCUUAGACCCAUGGUCCAGAUGACGGUACCCCAUAACCAGUUAGAGUGCAGUAGGGGUGUGGAUCCCGAAUACGAUUCGGCACUAGACAAAUUCUAUGGCCCGUAUCACGAUUUUAUAGACGUUAUAUUUAGAUUAGCUGUAAAUACUGAUUCUGUUCCUGAAGUACUGAUUAAUUUAAGUGCCGUUGUUGGUUUCGAAGCUGUUCCUUUACAUUCCACGUAUUUUCCCAAGUUGUGGUUGGACAUAUACAAAGCUCAGAAUAUCGAUAGAAAGUACAUAAAUAUGUUAACUACUUGUAACUAUUUCGUGGACUAUGUAGAUGCUGUCCUCUUGGAUGAGAGAUCUGCUCUAACUGAUGAUGUUAUUUAUGAAUUUUUGACUGUAUUUUUCCCUAAGGUAUCUGCUCAUGUGUUAUCAGAACAAACGCUGACGAUGAUCGACAACACUGUAGUAUCUCUUAGCGAACAAAUUGAUUCCCUUAACGUUUUGAAAAUGGCCAAAAGAUUAGCUGGAGACAUUAGAGCGUUGAUUUUGGUGUACAAAAGUCCGGAAGCUGCAGCUCCACCGUUGCUGCUGAAGACUUUAACUGAGUUACAGAAUAAGAUAAAAUUGGAAUUGAUGAAGCUCGAAAUAAAAAAAGAUAAAACUGAUGAUGCUGCAAGUAAGAACAAUUCAAAAGAAGAGAGCACUCCUAGUUCUUCAACAGGCGAUGAGAGCGCGACUGCUGAAUCGACGAAUCUUAGCCAAAAUAAAAGUGAUAGUGAUAUGGAAACUCAAAGUUCUUCUUGUGGUGAUAAAAGUAAUAUAGAAGACAAAAAGGAAAAAUUGUUCGGUCCCGUCGAAGACUUAGAAAUGCUAAGUAAAUCGGUAAACGAGCUUAUCGAAAUUGUUAAAAAGGAUGUUUAA